AGCGUAGCGGAGCGUUCAACGGAUGGGGCGGGGGAGGGAGGAAAGCGCAUGAAGGUUCGAGAAUACCGGCCGGCCGGCGGACACGCCCCCUUCCUCUUGCGUCACCGAGGGUGCGGGUUCCGGCGGUCGGCGAUUGGCGGAGAGGGCGGCGGUGUGAGCGAGCGGAUUGGCUGGAGCGGGGAGAAGGGGCGGGUCCUUCUGGAAGGUUCUGCGGGAGUAUAUAAAGGCGGCCGGGAGCGCGUCCCCCUCAGAGUGCAGUCGUUCUGCUCAUAUUAUACCUCGUGUGCGUCCGGGCUCGUCCGCGCCACUGAGUCACAAUGUCCAAAGGACCAGCUGUCGGGAUUGAUCUUGGCACCACCUAUUCCUGUGUUGGUGUGUUCCAACAUGGGAAGGUGGAGAUCAUUGCCAAUGAUCAGGGGAACAGGACCACCCCCAGCUACGUCGCCUUCACAGACACAGAGAGGUUGAUUGGAGAUGCUGCAAAGAACCAAGUGGCAAUGAAUCCAACCAAUACAGUUUUUGAUGCCAAACGGUUGAUUGGGCGUAGAUUUGAUGAUUCUGUGGUGCAGUCUGAUAUGAAGCACUGGCCUUUCACUGUGGUGAACGAUGCUGGCAGACCCAAAGUCCAGGUGGAGUACAAGGGCGAGACAAAGAGCUUCUACCCAGAGGAGAUUUCAUCCAUGGUUUUAACCAAAAUGAAGGAGAUUGCAGAAGCCUAUCUUGGGAAGACUGUUACUAAUGCUGUAGUGACUGUGCCAGCCUAUUUCAAUGACUCCCAGCGUCAGGCUACUAAAGAUGCAGGAACCAUUGCAGGGCUCAACGUGCUGAGAAUCAUCAAUGAGCCAACAGCUGCUGCCAUUGCUUAUGGUCUGGACAAGAAGGUGGGUGCUGAGAGAAACGUUCUGAUCUUCGACCUGGGAGGUGGCACCUUUGAUGUGUCCAUCCUGACAAUUGAAGAUGGCAUCUUUGAGGUGAAAUCCACUGCGGGUGACACUCACUUGGGUGGAGAAGACUUCGACAACAGGAUGGUGAACCACUUCAUUGCUGAGUUCAAGAGGAAGCACAAGAAGGACAUCAGUGAGAACAAGAGAGCUGUUCGGCGCCUCCGCACCGCCUGCGAGCGGGCCAAGAGGACCCUGUCCUCCAGCACCCAGGCCAGCAUUGAAAUUGAUUCUCUCUAUGAGGGUAUUGACUUCUACACAUCCAUCACCAGAGCUCGCUUUGAAGAGCUGAAUGCUGACCUCUUCCGUGGCACUCUGGAUCCUGUGGAGAAGGCUCUGCGGGAUGCCAAGCUGGACAAGUCCCAGAUCCAUGACAUCGUGCUGGUUGGGGGGUCUACUCGUAUCCCCAAGAUUCAGAAGUUGCUGCAGGAUUUCUUCAAUGGCAAAGAGCUGAACAAGAGCAUCAAUCCUGAUGAGGCUGUGGCUUACGGUGCAGCUGUUCAGGCUGCUAUUCUGUCUGGAGACAAGUCUGAGAAUGUGCAGGAUCUGCUCCUCUUGGAUGUGACUCCUCUGUCCCUUGGGAUUGAGACUGCUGGAGGUGUCAUGACAGUCCUGAUCAAACGCAACACCACCAUCCCCACCAAGCAGACCCAGACAUUCACCACUUAUUCUGACAACCAGCCUGGUGUGCUGAUCCAGGUAUAUGAAGGAGAACGUGCCAUGACAAAGGACAACAACUUGCUGGGCAAGUUUGAGCUGACUGGUAUUCCCCCUGCUCCCAGAGGUGUACCUCAGAUUGAAGUAACCUUUGAUAUUGAUGCCAAUGGCAUCCUCAAUGUGUCUGCUGUGGAUAAGAGCACUGGGAAGGAGAACAAGAUCACAAUAACAAAUGACAAGGGCCGGCUGAGCAAGGAGGACAUUGAGAGGAUGGUGCAGGAAGCAGAGAAAUACAAAGCAGAAGAUGAGAAGCAGCGUGACAAAGUGUCUUCUAAGAACUCCCUGGAGUCUUAUGCAUUCAACAUGAAAGCCACUGUUGAAGAUGAGAAGCUCCAGGGCAAGAUUUCUGAUGAGGACAAGCAGAAAAUCUUGGACAAAUGCAAUGAAAUCAUCAACUGGCUGGACAAGAACCAGACUGCUGAGAAGGAGGAGUUUGAGCACCAGCAGAAAGAGCUGGAGAAGGUGUGCAACCCCAUCAUCACCAAGCUGUACCAGAGUGCAGGAGGGAUGCCUGGUGGGAUGCCUGGUGGAUUCCCUGGUGGGGGAGCUCCUCCAUCUGGUGGAGCCUCUUCUGGACCAACCAUCGAGGAGGUGGAUUAAAGCCACCAGGGUGUGCAUUCCACUAGCAGUUAGUCUUGGAGGACCCCCUGGGUGGGGGUUAGAUUGAAGGACCCAAACCUGUAGGCACAUCUGGUUAUAUUUUGCCAGAUCUAAUAACUCCAUAACUGAGCUGCUGUAAAAAAUAAAAAAAAAAUCUUAAAAAAAAAAUAAUUUCUGGGCAUUUUGAAUACUUGAACCAUGUGCACAGGAGGGGGGGAGAGUUAAAAGACCAUUGCACUUUACCUGUAAACAAGUGGAAAUGCAAUGUCCUAAAGAAUAAAAACUAUUUAAUGGGCAUCACAA